GAUAGAGAGAGGGGUUCCCUUGAUAGAGAGAGGGCUUGAUGCUCCAGGCUUUAGCACCACCUCUCUUUCUUCCUUCCUUCUUAAUUAAUUUGGCCACGUAACAAUUCAUUUAACACUUGGUCAAGGCACCCCAAAUCAUUAGAAAGCACCACCUCUCGCUUGAUAGAGAGAGGGGUUCCCUUGAUAGAGAGAGGGCUUGAUGCUCCAGGCUUUAGCACCACCUCUCGCUUGAUAGAGAGAGGGGUUCCCUUGAUAGAGAGAUCGCUUGAUAGAGAGAGGGGUUCCCUUGAUAGAGAGAUCGCUGCUCCAGGCUUUAGCACCACCUCUCGCUUGAUAGAGAGAGGGGUUCCCUUGAUAGAGAGAUCGCUUGAUAGAGAGAGGGGUUCCCUUGAUAGAGAGAUCGCUGCUCCAGGCUUUAGCACCACCUCUCGCUUGAUAGAGAGAGGGGUUCCCUUGAUAGAGAGAGGGGUUCCCAUAGGCUCUUCUAAGAUAAAAAGUCAAGCCCAGGCUUCUGCUCCAGGCUUUAGCACCAAAUUUUCUAUAAAUAGCAAGCAAGGAAAACAUCUACAAUAUCCCACAUUCAUUCCCCUCCUCCCCUCCCUUCAGGCUUCUAAUCAAGAGCAACAGCAUCUACAAUAUCUGCCAUGGCCACACAACCACGAGUUUCAUCAGCUUUCAUCUCUUUCCUUACGAUCCUGGGUUCAGUUGUCCUUGCGAAAUACCAAUAUGAUAAUGUUUCCCCAUUUGGGGAACACAAUAUAGCUAUGCGAAUCUCCUUGUUUGCAACAUUUAUAUAUUUCAUGGUGGUUGUGGUUUAUGAAAUCCUUAAUCUUGAUGGAACUAUCAAAGUUGAAGAUGAUGGAAGAUAUCUCCUUAUUUUGGGUCAUGUUCGGUUCUUAAGUGGAACAAUAGCUGCAACUUUGUUGAUCCUGAUCUUGAUCUCAUAUUUUGGAUGGUUCCUCCUUGUCAUAUGGACUAUGUUCUUAGUGAAAAUAGCAUGUUAUUGGGAUAAACCAUUUUAUAACUUCGAUAUGUUCAAGAUCAAGAAUCAAAACACCACCAAUAGCGAAGGAGGACAAGAGGCGCAACAACCACCAGUUUAGAGUAGGUUUGGCCCAUAAAAGAUUAAGCAAAAAAACAUAUUUUGUUCUUGUAAUAUCUGUCAUCCAAGUGUUCUAUUUUCAAAUGAUCUAUCCAAUCUUAUAUUUACAUAUAUGCUACUUGAAUAAACCAUUUUAUCACUUUGAUAUCUUCAGGACUCAAAACAACACCAGCGAUGGAGGCACAGAGGACAAGAGGAGCAGUUACCCUGUAGGCCAUUACCAAAGAAGAUUAAGCAAUUUGUCUUUUGUACUAUCUUAGAAAUAAUUUGCUUCUAUAUUUAAAGUGUUACCCUCAAAUGUUUUUUGUACUCAGUUAUUUCCACUUAUGGUGCUAUCCAUAUUUAAAGAUCAAA